AUGGCUGCGACCCAAGUGUUGUCCAGCGUGCGCAAGAGUUAUUGGAUCAUCAAAGGUGGCGCGGCAGUACGAGGAGUAUUAAGCAAAAGCAUCAAGUUCUCCUUUGCAGCCGCCCGAGGUCACGCAAAAAUCCGACCUCGGGCGGCUGCAAAGGAGACUAGGUCCGAUCCUUAUCAAGCAGAAACGAAGUCAAGUAAAGAGAUAUGGCUGCGUAUUGCCCUGUCUAACAAUGCGAGCUGCACACACGAACUCACUACUGAUUCAUUCCUUCAAGCGUUUUCCCGCUUCGUAAGCCGGCGAGGCCCACCUGAAAAAGUCUUCAGUGACAACGGUACGAAUUUCAAAGGCGCUGAGGCAGACCUCAGAGCUGCACUAAAGACUUGGAACAAAGCCCGAAUAGUAGAUGCGCUACGCAAGAACGGAGUUCAGUGGCAGUUAAACCCUCCAAAAGCAAGCCAUGCGGGAGGAAUCUAG